AUGGAGCCCCCCAGCGGGACUCCCCCGCCGCCGCCGGCCCACCGCCCCUCCUCCGCCUCCGCCGCCGCCGCCGCCGCGGUCCCCCCGCUCCGCGAGGACUGCUGGAGCGAGGACUCCACCUUCGCCCUCAUCCACGCCUGGGGCGACCGCUUCCUCGCCCUCGACCGCGGCAACUUCUCCCAGCAGGACUGGCAGGACGUCGCCCACUCCGUCAACUCCCGCCCCUCCCCCUCCUCCGGCGAGGCCCGCCGCACGGGCGCCCAGUGCAAGAACCGCAUCGACACGCUCAAGAAGAAGUUCAAGCUCGAGAAGGCUAGGGUUUCGGAUCCCCGCGGCGGCGGCUACCUCAGCCCCUGGCCCUUCUUCGCCGACCUCGACGCCCUGAUCGGAUCCAACUUCCCGCCGCCGAGGAAGCCCCCCUCCCGGUCCCCGACGCCCCCGCUGGCGCCCCGAUCGAGGCCGAGGCCGAGGUCGAAGCGAGGGGCGGCCCCUCGGCCGGCCCGGAGCGUGCUGCCGCCGGCGGUGACCGUGCCGGUGCGCCCCCGGAGCCACAACCGGACGAAGCGCGCGCCGGCGAGGUCCCCCGCCGGCGGAUCGUGUCUCCGGCCCGCCUUCUCGGCGGCGGAGGAGGAAUCGGGGCGCUUCGGCUCGAGGACGAAACCGAGGUCCGGCGAGGGGAGCGCGGCGAGGAGAGAGAGAGGGUACGCGGAGUUAGCCGAGGCGAUAGAGAGGCUGGGGCAGAUAUACGAGAGAGUGGAGAGGAAGAAGGCGAGGGAGAUGAUAGAGCUGGAGAAGCAGCGGAUGCAGUUCGCCAAGGACUUGGAGCAGCAGAGGAUGCGGUGGUUCUUGGAGACGCAGAUUCACCUCCAAAAGAUCAAGAAACUGAAGCAGAGUCCAAUCGACGAGAGUUACUUGUAGAUGGUCAUGUCUGGGAAGAGCCUGCAAGUCCCGGCUUCAAACUUGGUAUCGCAUUUCCUACCUGCGAAAAUGUUCCGGUUGUCUCUUAAGUGACAGUUAUCAGAAGGUACACUCUUCGACGAAGCUCGGGAAGAAGUUUGGUUGCUUUUGUAUUUUAAUGGUUAGGUGAGAGUUAGUUUAAUGUUUCUCUGUGGGCAAGAAGCACUAGAAUUUACAGAUAUAGGUUGGAUUGACCGUGUUAAUAUUAUAUCUCAGAUGUAAAAUUUCUCCUUUUCCUUGAGAAGCUUUCACAGGACUUCCAUA